GACAAGUUUCUUCCAGCAGCGACUGAGCUAGAAAGCGCAACAAACCAACGUGUUCGAUAAUUUGGCCAGCGGAACCAAAUAACGCCUCUCUUGCGGAUCCUGCAGGGAGCCCUUUUACGUUGCACAGAGAGCAGUCUCCGCUGAAGCGAUUGGCAGCGGCACCGGAAGUGCCUGCGGAUCUCUAGCUCGCGUAAAGGCUUUUCUGAAGAGGCUCCAGGCCUGAAAGCGGAGUUUCCUUCUGGACCGGAGCGGAGAAUCGGUGCGGUGGCGGAGAUGGAAUGCGGCAUGGAAGGCCGGACAGCCAGCGCGCUCUUCGCGGGGUUCCGGGCCUUGGGGCUCUUUAGCAACGAUAUUCCACACGUGGUGCGGUUCAGCGCGCUGAAGCGCCGGUUCUAUGUAACGACCUGCGUGGGCAAGAGCUUCCACACCUAUGACGUUCAGAAACUUAGUCUGGUUGCAGUAAGUAAUUCUGUUCCACAGGAUAUCUGCUGUAUGGCAGCUGAUGGGAGGCUAGUCUUUGCUGCUUAUGGAAAUGUUUUCUCUGCAUUUGCCCGUAAUAAGGAGGUAGUACAUACCUUUAAAGGUCAUAAGGCAGAAAUUCAACUUUUGCAACCCUUUGGGGAUCACAUUAUCUCUGUUGAUACUGACAGCAUUCUUAUUAUUUGGCACAUAUAUUCAGAAGAGGAAUACCUGCAGUUGACUUUUGAUAAAUCGGUUUUCAAAAUUUCUACAAUUUUGCAUCCAAGUACCUAUUUGAAUAAAAUACUUUUGGGCAGUGAACAAGGAAGCCUGCAGUUGUGGAAUGUUAAAUCCAAUAAACUUCUGUAUACAUUUCCAGGAUGGAAAGUUGGAGUGACAGCUCUUCAGCAGGCACCAGCUGUGGAUGUUGUUGCCAUUGGUCUUAUGUCGGGUCAUGUUAUCAUUCACAAUAUUAAAUUUAAUGAAACAUUAAUGAAGUUUUGUCAAGACUGGGGACCCAUUACUUCAAUUUCAUUUCGCACAGAUGGUCAUCCAAUAAUGGCAGCUGGAAGCCCAUGUGGUCACAUUGGACUCUGGGAUCUAGAAGAUAAAAAAUUAAUCAAUCAGAUGAGAAAUGCACACUCUACAGCAAUUGCUGGAUUGACGUUUCUCCAUAGAGAGCCACUUCUUGUCACAAAUGGUGCUGACAAUGCUGUUCGGAUAUGGAUAUUUGAUGGUCCUGCAGGUGAAGGCCGACUUUUGAGAUUCAGAAUGGGACAUAGUGCUCCUCUUACCAGUAUCAGAUAUUAUGGGCAAAAUGGACAGCAAAUUCUAAGUGCAAGCCAAGAUGGAACUCUACAGUCAUUUUCCACAGUACAUGAAAAAUUCAACAAGAGUUUGGGACAUGGAUUAAUAAAUAAAAAGAGAGUCAAACGUAAAGGGCUUCAAAAUACCAUGUCAGUAAGACUUCCACCUAUCACAAAGUUUGCAGCUGAGGCAGCUCGUGAGAGUGACUGGGAUGGUAUCAUUGCUUGCCAUCAAGGUAAGCUAUCCUGCUCAACAUGGAAUUAUCAAAAAUCUACAAUAGGCUCUUACUUUCUCAAGCCAAAAGAAUUGAAGACAGAUGACAUCACUGCAACAGCCGUGGAUAUAACUUCUUGUGGAAACUUUGCUGUAAUUGGCCUCUCAUCAGGAACUGUAGAUGUGUAUAACAUGCAGUCUGGUAUACAUCGAGGAAGUUUUGGCAAGGAUCAAGCUCAUAAGGGAUCUAUCAGAGGUGUUGCAGUUGAUGGAUUGAACCAGUUGACCAUUACAGCUGGUAGUGAAGGAUUACUGAAAUUCUGGAACUUUAAAAACAAAGAUUUAAUCCAUUCUGUGAACCUUGAUUCAUCUCCAAAUAGGAUGCUGCUACAUAGGGACAGUGGCAUUUUGGGACUUGCCUUAGAUGACUUCUCCAUUAGUGUUCUGGACAUAGAAACUAGGAAGAUUGUCAGAGAGUUUUCUGGACACCAAGGCCAAAUAAAUGACAUGACUUUUAGUCCUGAUGGUCGUUGGUUAAUAAGUGCUGCAAUGGAUUGCUGUAUUAGGAUUUGGGACCUUCCGUCUGGGUGCCUUAUAGACUGCUUUUUGUUGGAUUCAGCGCCUCUCAAUGUGACUAUGUCCCCUACUGGAGACUUUCUAGCAACUUCCCAUGUGGACCACCUUGGAAUUUAUCUAUGGUCCAAUAUUUCCCUGUAUUCAGUUGUCUCAUUACGACCACUUCCUACAGAUUAUGUUCCAUCAGUAGUUAUGCUUCCUGGUACUUGUCAUACCCAAGAUAUGGAAGUAUCAGAAGAAAAUACGGAGCCAAGUGAUGAAAUGAUAGAGUAUAAUUCACCAGAACAGUUGAGUGAGGAGUUAGUCACUCUGUCACUUCUCCCUGAAUCACGGUGGAAAAACCUUCUUCAUCUUGAUGUCAUUAAGAAAAAGAAUAAGCCAAAGGAACCUCCUAAAGUUCCCAAAUCAGCACCAUUUUUUAUUCCAACAGUUCCUGGUCUUGUGCCUAGAUACGCUGCACCUGAACAAAAUAAAGAUUCCCAACAGUCUAAGGUGGUUAACCUUGGGAUUCUGGCUCAAAAAUCAGAUUUCUGUUUGAAACUUGAAGAAGGAUUGCUAAAUAAUAAUUAUGAGACUGCUCUCAACCUCCUAAAAGAAUUAGGCCCCUCAGGAAUUGAAACAGAGCUACGAAAUUUGUCUCCUGAUGGUGGUGGCUCUGUAGAAGUUAUGCAGAGUUUCUUGAAAAUGAUUGCAAUGAUGUUGGAAAGGAAGCGUGAUUUUGAGUUAGCCCAGGCAUACCUUGCAUUGUUUCUAAAGUUACAUCUUAAAAUGCUUCCUUCAGAACCAAUACUUCUAGAAGAAAUGACAAAAUUAUUAUCACAAGUGGAAGAAAAUUGGAUUCAUUUACAGUCUCUCUUCAAUCAAAGCAUGAGUGUUCUAAAUUAUAUCAAAAGUGCUUUGUUAUAAACUUAAGUGAUUAAAGAAAUCAAAGACUUACAUUAAAUGGGUUCUGUUUAACUCAUCUUUGUUUUCCAGGUUCAGUGUGAAAAAUGCUGACACUACUUACCUAGUUAGUAAUUUAUUCCUUUAAAUCUUAAUCCUUCCUUGAAAUAAAAUUAUACCUGCCUUUUGUUUUAAAGACCUAAGCAGUCUAUUCAUAACCUACUUUGACUCUUUUCAAAGUAGUUACUUAUGUAUAAAUUUUUUAUUGUUAUUACCAGCACAUGUUUGUGGGUUUAUCACAUGAAAGAGAUGGCUGCAUGUUUAUUGUAAGCUAGUGCUGAACUUUAUUGAAGAAACAGGUAAAACAGAUCUACAGUAUUAUAAAAAAUACCUUUUUGUGUGAAGAUAACAGAUUCCAUCAUGAUUUUAGAUGAAGAUAACUGACAGGUGCAUCAGAUGUCUUCUAGUACACCCUUGUUUGCAGAAGAGUUAAGGUGAGGUUAGCUGGAAUCUCAGAGAUGAGCUAACUUUCUAAUACAGGCCUACUGUUCUCUCCAUCGUUGUUUUCUGAACGAAAUUGUUCUUGAAUCAGAAAUGUGAGAGGUGCUUGCCCACCUGAGGCAGAUUGUGUUGGAAAAGGCUGAACAGAUAGAUACCUAGGACAUCAAAGGGGAAUACCAAAUUUCUUUGAAGGUUGUCCUUCACAGGUUUUUCUUUCUUCACUAAUGACUUUGAGAGGAAACUGCUGGCUGUACCUUUCUCUCACAGGUGUUGUGAAAUACAGUAGCUCUGGAAGUUUCCUCUUUCCUCAUCAUCGUUUUCUUUUUUAUGGUCCAAUUCUUUAGCAAUUUGUAAAUGAAAAAUAAACAUUUAUUUAAGUAGUUUUUGAAAAUACGGAGUACUAUUUUUAGUUUUUAUACUCAAAAGUAGCGUUGCUCUUAAAAUGGAGCUGGCUAGAUUUGAUCAUCGAUAACACUCUUGAUGAAUUUAAAAGAAUUUAAAAAUAAUUUACAGAAAGCAGACAUUAAAAGGAGUUGAUAAAUGAGAAAUUUAAUAUUAAAUUAUUUUUCUUAAUAAUAUUUGAUAGAAUUAUUUAACUGAGGAAAUAAACCAGUCUGGCUUUGUAUACAUUUACUUUUCUCCUGAAAACGUAUGUCAGUUUAUUAAGCCACUGAUUGAAAUAUUAGUAACAUUUUAAAUUCUGACCUUAAAAACUGUGCUAUAUUUUCCUUUGUCUCAAAUACAGUAAAAGCAAAAAUUCAGUAUGUAAUCAUGAAACUUGUAAAGACUGUAAAUAGCACAACAUAAGAACUUGAACUGAAAUUGUAUUCCUUUUAUAAAUUAUGAACUGAAUUUUCUUGUCUUGCAAAUGAAUACAGAGUUUAAAAUGUUAUUUUUAUUGGCAAUAUUAUUAGGAACUGUUUCUACAUUAUUAGCAGGUAUCCCUUCCAGAGCAUUUCUUAUGUGUUUGCCAUCAAGGGACAGAGCACCAGAGAGAAAUACAUAAAAGUAUAAUUGUGUGUCUGUUUUUCCUAAAAUGUCAGUUUAUGCAUCCGGCUUCCCCUUAAGUUAAAUUACACAUGUAAUGUGACUAAUUUUGCUUUUAAAGGUAUCAGUCACAUCUUUUGACAAUUGAAAUACAUAUCAGUCAUCAUACAUAGUUGCAAGAAAUAAAUGUGUAGUUAUUUUUACCCAAAGAUGUUUCUCAUUCUGUUUACUUUUCCUACUUGUUUUGCAUUCCAUUGACGUUUAACUAAUCUACUUUCUCAUUGUAUCUCUUUUGCUUAUAGUAGAUUCUUUGCUUAUAGUAGCUUAUAGUAGUUCGCUUAUAGUAGACUUUUUUUUUUUUUUUUUUUUUUUGUUCUCCUCUAAUUGUAAACAGUGCUGAAGUGAACAUCAUCUUGUAUGGGUCUUCAUGUGCUAGUAUUUAUGUUUAGGGUUUGAAUUGCUUGGCCAGAAGAUGAGCAGUUUUAAUUUAAAGAGAUACUUUUAGGGGCUGGGGAUUUAGCUCAGCGGCAUAAGCGCCUGCCUUACAAGCAGGCAGUCGUGAGUUCGAUCCCCGGUACCGAUAAAAAGGAAAAAGACAAAAAAAAAAAAAAAAAAAGAGAUACUUUUAGCUGGCUUCCAAAGUGGCUAUAUCAGUAUAUAGCUUCCCUCAACAAAAAAUGAGUACCUGUUUUGUCAUGUAACAGACAGUUGAAUUAGAUCUUUGUAAUUUGUAUUAAUCUAAUAUGUGAAAAAAUACUGUAUUCUGACACUGGUAAAGGUAGGCGUCUCUUUAUUUCUAACACUGGUAUGGGUAGGCAUCUCUUUAUAUAUUUUAGGUUAUUCAUGUUUCUUUGUGAAUUUUCUUCUAAUUGCUCAUUUUUCUGUUCAAUAAUUUGUCUUUUUAAUUCAUGGAUUUUAAAGUUUCGUACAUCUUAAGAUACAGAUCUUUUGUAUCUAUUGUGAAUGUUUCUCCCAGUCAGAAGCUUGUCUGACUUAAUAGUUUCUUUUUAUAGAUGUUUUAUAUUUUUAUAGUCACAUUGAGUUUUCUUAUUACAAGAUAUAAUGUAAAUCCUCUGUUUUCUAAGAUAUUUAUCAUGUGUUUAUAUGUGUUCAUUUCAUGGUUAUUUGUAUUUUCUAAGAUGAACAUCUGAGUAGUUAAUGCCUAUAUCUGUAUGUGUAAUUGAUUUAUAUAAAGAAGGUAAGCCAUAGACCUGCCUUUAUGCAAAAGUCUAUUCAAAACUCGUUUCUUGGAAAGUUCUUUUUGUCUCUACUGUGAAAUGCUACUUCAUAAUGUACUAAAUUAUUUUAUUGAAUUGUUUGAUAUUUCUAAUAAAUAGUGUAUUUGUUUGAUUGUA